AUGAAUGCAACUUUGGCAGAGGCAGCCGCGAUUUCAGCAGCAGCAGCAGAAGUAGCUGGUGGUAAUGGCUACUGGUCAAUAGUAUCAUCGUCAAGGAUUGUCAGCACUAUAUCAAGCUAUACUUAUAAUACGUCAGUGUUCUCACUGUCGUUCAUUGGCUUCUUUGUAUUUGGUUGGAUAUACUUCCUAAAGAUACUGUUUCGCGACUAUGAAGUCAAGCGAGUCACCGUACAACUAUCAUUCUCAAUGAUGUUCGCUCUCUCCUGCACCAUGUUUGAGCUGAUCAUCUUUGAGAUCAUGGAUAUCAUGGAUAGAGAUUGGCGAUACAUGUGUUGGAAGUUUGAUCUCUUCAUGAUGCUGGUAGACCUUGUCAUUGUCCUGCCGUACUAUCAGUUCUAUCUCUUCUUCUCCACAACUGGUAGACAGUUAAGAACACAUAUAUUAAGCUCAUUAUGCCUUGGUCUAUACUUGAUGUUGUUCUGGUGGAUUGGUAAUCCAUUCCCAAUAUUGAAGGAGGAUAAUGGAACGGUAUCAUUUGAGAUGGGCAUUGGUAGGAUUGGUAUCAUUGGUGUGACAGUGAUGGCAUUGCUCUCGGGUUAUGGUGCCGUCAUGUCACCUUACCUCUACAUUACAUACUUCCUGCGGCCCGUCAAAGACAGCACAAUCACACAGAUCGAACGACAACUCCAGCACUCACUCGACAAGCUGUUCAGCAAGAAGCGAAGGAUACUGCUGGCGAGAAAGGAGAUGCUCAAGCGCAAUUCAAUGUCGGCCAGCUCUGGCCAGCCACGCGCCGCCACACUCUUGUCAUGGUUCACAUCGAUCGUCCAUCGAACGUCACAGCCCACGGACGACAUCAAGCAGCUCGAAUCAGAGACCAAGAUACUGGAGGACUUGAACCGCGAUCUGUUCUCCCAGCUGCACGAGCUCAAGCUGGAGAAGGAGCGCAUCGUCUUCUCGACGACAAGACUGGGACGAUUUUACAACUGGCUGGGCUACUUCUUCUCUGGCUACUGCGUGUACAAGGUUAUAAUGAGCGUGCUCAACAUUGUGUAUGAUCGUCGUGGCGGCAUGGAUCCGGUUAGUCGCACAUUUGAUAUCAUGCUGCGAUACCUGCACAUUGAGGUGGACGUGCAGUUCUGGUCGCAACCCAUCUCAUUCUUGAUGAUUGGACUGAUGACGGCCAGCUCUGUGCGUGGCUUCCUCAAUCAGCUGAUGAAGAUAUUCCAUGAGUAUAGUAGCAGCAUUACAUCGAACAACAUUGUACUGGUACUGGCACAGAUCAUGGGCAUGUACUUCAUCUCGUCAGUGCUACUAAUGCGAACCAGUCUCCAUGAAGACUACCGAGUGAUAAUCACACAGAUUCUUGGUGACAUUGAGUUCAACUUCUAUCAUCGGUGGUUCGACUUCCUCUUCCUGGCCAGUUCAUUCCUUACAGUUCCAGCCAUCAUCUAUAUGAACAAGUCUAUUCAACAUCUCUCCGAAGAGUAG